AAACUGCUUUGUGAUUUUUUGGUUUUUUCUUCUUUUUCUCAAUUUUAAAUCAUUUCAAUAAACAGUAUUAUUUAUUCAAAAAUGGGUUUACUAUGUGAACUACGUGGAUUUGGAUUUGGAAAAUAUCAAAUAUUCAGUUAUAUUCUAAGUAUUAUAAUGAUACCAGCUACAAUGUAUGUAGUUUAUCCAAUACUUCCAAGUUAUUUUUGGAUUGCUAUCCCAGUUCUAUAUGGUCUUAUUUACAUUCAAGUGAUAUACAUGACAAUUUAUGAGCCAGCAUCAAGUGAAUUGAAAGAAAAAGUAAAAAGUGAACAUUUUGUCAGAAAACCUUAUGAGUCAGAAGCUGGAAGACAUGUAAUAACAAAUUCAUUUUGUUCGAUUUGCGAAGUUCGAACAUAUCGAGAAACGAAACAUUGCAAAAGAUGCAAUUUUUGUAUAGAUGACUUUGAUCAUCAUUGUGUUUGGCUCAAUAAUUGUAUUGGAGGGAAGAACUACAGGCCAUUCGUUGUUCUCGUGAUAUGCGUCAACGUAUUUUCAAUGUUCUGUUUCGGCCUCUCAGUUGUUAUAUUUUUCUCUUGGAUUACAAACAGUGAUGAGAGAGCUUUAAUUAAAUUAGUACAGGAUAAAGAUUUCCUGAAAAUUUCAUGGGUAUUUCUAUGCGUUAUUUGCAUAAUUAUAUAUGGUGUUUUAUCAGUUACAACUGCUCAUUUACUAUAUUUUCAUUUCAAAUUAUUCAAAGUCGGACAGACAACUUAUCGAUACAUGACAAAUCAAAGGAGAAGUGCAAAAGUCGGGGCUAUAUCCCACGUUUCUCCAACACAUUCUCAAACACACCGUAGAGAUGGAGAUAUAGAAGAAGGUGUUCAAAUGGACGAAAUGGGAAAUCCUCCAUUAUCUCCAAUAUUAGAGGAUGAUUAUGAUGGACAACGGAUUACUGUAACAGUUGAAGCACCUACUCCAACUCCAAAUGGUUCAACUGUAAGUACUGCAAGCUACAGUAAUCCUGGUUAUGUUGUCAAUGAAGGAAAUUGAUUUAUUUUUGGGAUUUUCCAGUUUUCAUUCUUUGUAUUUUUCGCUUUUUCGCUAAUAUCUAAUAGUUUUUGUUUUUAUUCUUGUUGCUUUUCCUGCAUAUCCUUCGAAAACCGUAUCACUUCGCAUUUAAAUGUCUUUCUUAUCACUUUAUUAUACGUUCGGGUUUGUUUUAUAAAAAUACCUCUCGCUUUUAAAUCUGUGAUAAAUAUUUCAAUUUCUAUGAAUAAAAAACCUGCAAGAAAGUGUAGGCCAUCUGAAAA